AAGAGACCUAUAUAUAUAUAAACAUCUUCAUAGCUUUAUAUAUCCAUUUCUCAAUAGAAAAAGUGAUGGCUAGUCUUGCAAGAUCUCAAGUAUCAUUCAGAAGAUCAGGUUCAUCUGGUCUUGUUUGGGAUGAUAGAAUCUUAUCAGGAGAAUUAAACAAACUCAAUCCAGAAAAACAACAACAAUGCAAGAAUACUACAAUUGAAGAGUAUAAUAAUAAUCUCAAAGAGCAUCACGGUGGAACCACCAUACAGAGAAGCCGUUCCGCCUGUGCUUCCCGAGGAUACCGUUCAGGAAAAGUAUUCCCGACAAUCGAUCCGCCGUCUCCAAAACUCUCCGUGUGCGGCUUCUGUAGCCUUUUCGCGAAAAAUGAUCUCCGAUCAAAGUCUGGAAAACGUCGAUCGAGAUAGAUAUUCCGGUGUGUAGGGUGAGUUGAGUUCAUAAGAAUGUUGGGAUUAAAGUUGGGAUGUAAUUAUUAUUAUGUGGAUAAUAUUUGUUUGAUGAGUUUACGAGGAAUUUUGAUCUUUGUACAAAUAUAAGGGUUAAAGCGAAUCUAAGUGUGUUUGGUCAUGCAUGAACAUGAAAAGAAAUUGUGG